AUGUCUGUUCCUCGAGUACUUUCGGGUAUCUUAUGUUUCUUUAUCAUGUCUAUGUUUGAAGCUCAUGGCAGUCAAAUGAGCCGUAGACACGUCGCUGGUGACUUGAUCAUCGGAGGCUUAUUUCCUAUUCACGAGACUGGGGCAGCUGGUAAUUCAUGUGGUGGGGUUUUACCAAAAGGGUUACUACUCACGGAAGCGAUGGUAUAUGCCGUGCAUCGCGUAAACCACGAGAAAGUACUGCCUUUUAACAUGACUUUAGGGCUCGAUAUCCGAGACACUUGUAAUCUUUUGAGCAACGCAUUGAGAGCUACUCUGAAUUUCGUAGAACUAAGGAAACACAAUCAAGAGACAAACGCUAGCCAGGCAACGAACUAUUAUGGUGUAGCUAACUCAUCAAAGUCAAACUCAGGAGGUAUAGAAUCUGGCUCAUUGAUAUCUGUAUUGGGAGCUGGGAGGAGCGAGCUUUCCGUGGUUGUAAAUACAAUUCUAAGUUUGUACGACAUUCCCCAAUUGGGAUAUACAUCGAGCUCCGGUGUUCUUAGUGAUAAGUCACGCUACAAGACAUUCCUAAGAGUUGUUCCUCCCGACACGAAACAAGCGAAGACAUUGGUAAAGCUGGUUGCGCAUUUCGGCUGGAACUACAUAUCCCUGGUGUCGUCUGAUGACCAGUACGGAGGUCCCUUGAGGGAGGUGUUCAAACACGAAUCACGAUUACGCUCUGUGUGCCUGGCCCAUGAUAUCGUGUUACCAUAUCAACCAACAGCGGAAUAUAUCAAUGCAGAAGUCACGAAACUGAAAAAGGCACUCAAGGCCAAGGUCAUUGUGAUAUUUUCUUUGGAAUACGUCGCGCGUAUGGUAAUCGCUUCUGCGCAUGCUCAUAAUCUAACCGAUCGGAUCUGGAUUGCGAGCGAUUCUUGGUCCGAUGCCAUCGAGCGUUUUCAGUCGCGGUAUCCCACAAUUCUCGGUAACGCGAUAGGUAUCAUGUUCAAAUUUACACUCGUUCCAGACUUCCUGAAACACCUAUCCUUACGCAUGUCCGGACACGACGCAUGGGCGGACGGUUUACGGGGCGCUCUACGAGCUGAAGGCUUGUAUCACGUAAUCAUGUCUAAUAGCACCGACGCUAUCAGGCAAGACAAACACACGCGAACUGCACUUGCUCGAGUGAGCUACGUCAUUGACGGUGUUUAUAUGAUUGCUUAUGCCAUAAGGGAUUAUUGUUUGUCUCAAAAUACUGAUAAUAAGAACGAUAGCAGACAUGUAUGCUUGAAGAGAAUUGAGCCCAAGGUCUUGCUCAAGCUGCUUUUUGGUCAAACACGCAAAGGUUUCACAGGCGACAUAACAAUCGAUGCUAGCGGUGAUCCUAGCGGGGUCUAUGACCUCAUUGCAUCCAUACACAGUCAGCGGGGCCCUAGCUCGUGCUUUGCGUAUAAUGUCGUGGGUAGCUAUGACACGCAGAGUGAUGUUCUUACACUCAAUCACUCGCUUAUCACGUGGAACAACACUCCUAUUUCCCGCUGCAGCCAGGCCUGUCGUGCAGGGUUCUACAUCCUCCGUAAGCCGUCGGACCCUCCGUGUUGCUGGGAAUGCAGGCGUUGCCCUUUUGGGCGUGUUAGUGACACUUCUAAUGCAACAAAUUGCGAGGAUUGUCCCUCUAGUCAUUUCCCAAAUAGCGAGAAGACGCGUUGUGUGUUUGUGCCUUUGCGGUACCUGAACUGGCGCAGUCCUUGGAGCGUGGUGAUCGUCGUGUGGUCUAUACUGGCUUUUCUCCUCACCAACCUAACUAUUCUUAUGUUCAUAAAGCACCGCACCAGCCCUGUUGUGCGGGCGUGCUCGUUUGAGAUCAGCAUUGUUCUAUUGUGCACAAUCGCUUUGGGAUUCCUCAUUCCAUUUUUUGAAAUCGGGAAGGUAUCAGACGCAUCGUGCAAGACAUCCGCGUUUACUUUUGCGGUCGUUUUCGCCGCGACCCUCUCCCUGAUCCUCGCUAAAAUUAAUAGAACGGUCCUGGUGUUUACCCGUCAUUCCGGCGAGGGCUGGCUCCAUAGUCGGUACCUCAUGUCGAGCAAAGCUCACUUCGUUAGUGCGCUACUUCUGGUUUUGCUCCAGGUAGCGGCUUGCAUCGCAUGGUUCUACCAAUACCCACCACACGCUGUUAUCACCCCAGUCCUCACGGCAUCGUCUCUGCAGCGCCUUCUUUAUUGCGCCGGCAAUACCAAUGAGUGGUUCAUGUUGACCAGCGGUUUUCUGAUCCUUUUGAGUUUGAUAUGUACUGGCCUUGCGUUUCGUUCCCGGAAUUUCCCCGAGAACUACAACCACGCCAAGUUCAUAACGUACGCCAUGUUCACAUUCAAUCUGAUAUGGUUGACGUUCAUGGGCGCAUAUUUUGGUGCUCCUCAACGAGGCUUGCAUCAGCAAGUGAUUCGCUCGUUUGCGAUGAUUCUCUCCAAUCUCUGUCUGCUUGUAAUAAUGUUUGGGCCUAAACUCUAUAUCAUCCUCUUUAGACCGGAUCUCAAUAACGCAAGAACGUUCCGUAAAAUGACACUAGAGCAUAUUCUUAAAUCUUCUUCGUUAGAUCACGGAGGGAGUAGUUUAUCCAUGGCUUCAGUUCGCAGCCAAGGAAACAUGUUCGUCAUGGAUCUCGCGUGUGACCCCAAUGAGAAGGCUGUGCAGACAUUACGCGUACUGAUGCGAAAUGCCUACACACAGACGGAGGCCAAGUCCAACAAUAAGCUCUUCGCGCAGCUGUUCGCGCUACCAGGAAGAACAAGGCGAAGUGGAGCACGGGGAGGUAGGGCGUGGAGUGAGAGCGAUACAGUAGAUAAAAAUGAGAGCGAUCAAAGAACGCCAAAAGUGAAGCCUAUUAAGCAUAGCAGCAGUGCAUCUCAACUCAGCGGAAAGGCCACAAAGAGCAUGCGCGGGAACAGGAACUUGCAUGACAUUAUGGAGACUGAUUUCAGCUCGAAGAUGCUGAACGAGGCCGAGGAUGAUUGUAUAUGGCAGCAAACCAGUGCGCAUAAUCCAAGCUGUACCCCCGCUGGUAACCUACCGGAAAGCUAUGUCUGAACAUUUACAUCCUAGAGUGGAGCAGGGGUUUGAGGUCAUGACGGUUUAUCAACGCAAAACCCAUCAAAGAAUUAUUUGGAAAGUUGAUUUGUGAGAGCGCAGAUUCGCAGAGAGAUGGUCAGUUGAAGGCUUAGAAAGGCGCCUCAGGCAGCCACCAUUCAAUUCAUGUCUGACCACGGAUAUCACAGCAAGAUGCGGCUGGAAAUUUUUAAAAUUCUCUAAGGAAACAGAAUCAUUAUAUCAACCAGAAAUCUACCACUUCAAGUACCAUAUAUGUUUCAUUUUUUAAUUUUCACAGUAUUUAUAUGUUGUUUUCCCUUCAUUUUUUUCUAGCAGGCAGAUGGAAAAUGAUAUUAUACUGUGUGGUUCUAAGGUGAUAUGUUAUCAACAGCCCACUAAAAGCUUGCAUAGGAAGACAACCCACGUUAAUACUUUAAUUUAACCGUAUUCAAAGCCUUUCAAAUUCAAAUGAAAGGCGGCAGAUUGAGGAGGAAACCUUUUUGAAAUAUCAAUAGGUAAUUGAAUGAACGAGCAGGAAUAUUGUUAUAAGAAAAGGAAUUAAGCUUUACAACCGUGGCCCUCAUUUGAGCUCAUAGUAAUUUCAGGAUGUUGGAAAAAAAGAUAAUGUACUUCCGACAUUCUGUAUGUGAUUUUGUUUGCUGUGUUACGGGUUUUACCGGCGACCAAGUGGGCGGCUCCCGAAGGAUCUAGGCCAAAGACAGCUGCAGUCCACAGGGACCCCGUUAACCUUGAGAACCUUCAUUUGUUGAAACUGUCCGUGGGACGGGUCGUACACGACGAAGUACAUGGUUACCUUUACUUCCACGCAGUCCAUCCUGCCCCACAGGCAGCGGUUUUCUGAUGGCCGCUUGACCUUUGGUUGGGCCCGCUGUGCACGCUGGGAGUCAUCAGUGCUUGUCGUGUUCGGUCGACAAGAGAUCUUGUAGAAGCGAUGAGGGAGAAAGACGGCUUGCGUGGAAUAUGUCCCCGUGAAUAGUUUCUUUGUCUCAAUAUUGCGCUGCAGGGACGGUGAUGAUUCAUAAACAGUCGCUUGCUGAUCGCUUUGGCUGGGGGCGUGUACAUUUCACGGGCGUUCACUUUAUGCUCUGCUCAAAAUAUGUUUGGAAAUUUUUUUUAGUAUGGAGCGCGGUUAAAUUGGAAUUUAAUUAAGACAAGGUGGGGUCGUUUCGAACAGGGAUGAUUUACCGGGUUGUGUAACGAACAUUCGAAAAUUCUUCACUUCGAUAAAUAAGUGUGAAUCACCACAAAGGCAGCGAAAUCAAAGCUUUACGAUUAGCAAUCGCCUUUUUGCUUAUUGUGUAUUUAAUAUAUCGAAAUUCUCACUGUAACUGCAGAUAAGAGCAAUGAAGUACAGUUACACCCGAUAAUUCGACCUCCAACGAAAAUUAAAAGAAGUCCAGGCCAUCGGGCGCUCGGAUCUUCGAAUGUACGAUUAUAUUAGAUGUACUUGAAGAGAAACAAUGUCGAGAAUAGAAAACUGAUUAAGUUAUCGUGGGUUAUAUCACUGUGCUAUUUGUGGUAUCACCUCACCUAAAUCAUCCAGGUUGUACUCUUCCAUUUGUAUGUCAGGCUGCACUACAGACGAGAUAUCUUGGAUUCGUUCCGUCAUGGUGUGCUCGUGUGUAGAUGUGACGAGAAUGCCAACAGUUAAUGAUGUAAGUUGAAGACAUAGAAGCCAUACCACUAGAGUACGACCCAUCGCCGCCAUCUAACGACCAGAGAAACAGACAUUUUUAAACUACAGGUUUUUAAGAGGCUGUGUCACUAUAUACGGCUCUCUGUGUCAAUCAUAGCUAUUUCAUCCAUUUUAUUGUUGUGAAACUACAUGUCAUUGCCCUAAACGCUAUCACCUGCGUCUAUCAUAGAGUAGUCUUAGUCUAUAGAAAAUGAGGGGGAAAAAAUCAUAUUUAGGCAGUUGGCAUCUUGAGAUAUCAUGCAUCGCCAAAAGCUACUCACAUUCGAAGGCGAUCGCUUUGUCAAGACAACCCUCCUUCGUGGAUUUUUCUAACUUACUGUGCGUCUUUCAUUGCUUUGUUCGAUUUAUAUCGAUUUGGGCGUUAUUUUCCUAAAAACAAUUUGUUCCGUUCCAUUUAUGUUUAAAGUUAAGGCAAAUUAUUUUUGUUUGUGUUUGCUUUUUUACGCACUAUAGCGCUUAAUUGAGUUCCUUAUAGUAUUCAUCUUUUUAUGUUUAAAGACUUACUAUUGUUUGACACUGUAAAAGCAUCCGGUAUGCAUAUUGUCGUUUCCUAAAAAAAAUGUUUUUUUCGUGUA